CGCCAGGAGCUCUCCUCCCCUUUAAGGCGCGCGGCAGGGGCGGGAUCCCCACGGCCCCUUUAAGGCGCCGUCCGCGUCCGCCGGCAGAAAAGCGGCUUAAAGGCGACGCGUGGCGCGAUGGCGGCGACCCCACGCGCCUGCCGGGGGCACGGGCGGCCCCUCCCGGUGCUGCUGCUGCUGCUGUUGUUGGCGCUGCCACCUUUGGAGGGCCCGCCGGGCGCCGCCGCCUACUUCCCAGAGGAGCGCUGGAGCCCCGAGUCGCCGCUGCAGGCGCCGCGCGUUCUCGUCGCGCUGCUGGCGCGCAACGCGGCCCACGCGCUUCCUUCCACGCUGGGCGCGCUCGAGCGGCUGCGGCACCCCCGGGACCGCACAGCUCUGUGGGUGGCCACGGACCACAAUUCAGACAACACGUCAGCCGUGCUUCGGGAAUGGCUGGUGGCCAUGAAGAGUUUGUACCACUCUGUGGAGUGGCGGCCGGCAGAGGAGCCCAAGUCCUACCCAGACGAGGAGGGCCCCAAACACUGGUCUGACUCACGCUAUGAGCAUGUCAUGAAGUUACGCCAGGCAGCCCUGAAAUCGGCCCGGGACAUGUGGGCCGAUUACAUCCUGUUUGUGGAUGCGGACAACCUGAUUCUCAACCCUGACACACUGACCCUGCUCAUCGCUGAGAACAAGACGGUGGUGGCCCCCAUGCUGGAUUCCCGGGCUGCGUACUCCAACUUCUGGUGUGGGAUGACCUCCCAGGGCUACUACAAGCGCACGCCUGCCUACAUCCCCAUCCGUAAGCGGGACCGCCGGGGCUGCUUUGCAGUCCCCAUGGUGCACUCGACCUUCCUGAUUGACCUGAGGAAGGCGGCAUCCAGGAACUUGGUGUUCUACCCUCCCCACCCUGACUAUACCUGGUCCUUCGACGACAUCAUUGUUUUUGCCUUCUCCUGCAAACAGGCAGAGGUCCAGAUGUACAUCUGCAACAAGGAGGUGUAUGGCUUUCUGCCGGUGCCACUGCGGGCACACAGCACCCUCCAGGAUGAGGCCGAGAGCUUCAUGCACGUGCAGCUGGAGGUCAUGGUGAAGCACCCAUCCGCGGAGCCCUCGCGGUUCAUCUCGGUGCCCGCUAAGACGCCAGACAAGAUGGGCUUUGACGAGGUCUUCAUGAUCAACCUGAAGCGGCGGCAGGACCGACGGGCACGUAUGCUGCGCGCGCUGCAGGAGCAGGAGAUCGAGUGCCGGCUGGUGGAGGCGGUGGACGGCAAAGCCAUGAACACUAGCCAGGUAGAGGCACUGGGCAUCCAGAUGCUGCCCGGCUACCGGGAUCCUUACCACGGGCGGCCCCUCACCAAGGGCGAACUGGGCUGCUUCCUCAGCCACUAUAACAUCUGGAAAGAGGUUGUGGACCGCAGGCUGCAGAAAUCACUCGUGUUCGAGGAUGACCUGCGCUUCGAGAUCUUCUUCAAGAGGCGCCUGAUGAACCUUAUGCAGGAUGUGGAACGGGAGGGUCUGGACUGGGACCUCAUCUACGUGGGCCGGAAGCGGAUGCAGGUGGAGCACCCCGAAAAGGCUGUGCCCCGCGUGAGGAACCUGGUGGAGGCCGACUACUCGUACUGGACGCUGGCCUACGUGAUCUCCCUGCAAGGCGCCCGCAAGCUGCUGGCCGCCCGGCCACUCUCCAAGAUGCUGCCCGUGGACGAGUUCUUGCCGGUCAUGUUCGACAAGCACCCAGUGUCUGAAUACAAGGCCCACUUCUCCCCUCGGGACCUGCGCGCCUUCUCCGUGGAGCCCCUGCUCGUCUACCCCACACACUACACAGGGGACGACGGGUACGUGAGCGACACGGAGACCUCGGUUGUGUGGAACAACGAGCACGUCAAGACCGACUGGGACCGGGCCAAAUCCCAGAAGAUGCGCGAGCAGCAGGCCCUGAGCCGCGAGGCCAAGAACUCUGACGUGCUGCAGUCCCCCCUGGACAGCGCUGCCCGGGAUGAGCUCUGAGAGCUCUGAGGGGCGGUGGCCAUGAAUCCAAAGCAGCCUGUCGCUGGCCCGGCCCCCGCACGCCUGCCGGGGACAGCGGGGGCCCCUGCGGACCCCUGGCAGGCCAAGGAGGGCUCCCCACACAGGGCGGCGUCCAGCCAGCUCUUCCUCAGCAAUCACGUGCAUGCAGGCAGCAUUAACGGAGGUGCCUACUGUAUGCCAGGAACAGGUGGAUUGGGUGGCAACAGUUCGUGCGCCCAACACUUUAAGCGAUUACUGGGUACCAGGUUCCUGUGUUCUGGCAGUGAAUGAGGCAUGAUUAUUCCCUCCCUCGGUGAUGGAUCCAGUAGUCAAGCAUUAUUGAUUCCCCCAUCAAGAAGCAGGCGCUAGUGAUACACAUUCACUGUUUGAAUUCAUUCGAG